AUGCUGGCAGCCCGAGAAGCAGCUGCCCUUUACCAGACUGACUUUGUGCGGAACGCCAGGGCAGUGGGCGCUCUGUGGGCUGGCUGCACCCUCUGCUUUGGCAUCUUGGAGGUCGUGGUGCUGAUUCAGCCGGCGUGGGUGCAGACCGCGACACUCACCUACCAGCUGCCCCCCUCGGGGGUCCUCUCUGACCCCAGUGUGAGCGCUGUGGGAUCCUUUGGGCUCUACCAAGUCUGCGUGGAGCAGGAUGGUACCCUGCAGUGUGAGGGAUCCCUGGUCACCCUGACGCCCAUCCCGUCCUUCAAGGCGGCGGCUGUCUUUGUCCUGAUGGCACUGGUGCUUGUGAUGGGCAGCGUGGCUUCCUUGGGUCUCUUCUGGGCUUGCAGCCCAGGGACUGUCUACAAGGUGUGUGCCUGGCAGCAGCUCUCCGCAGCUACUUGUCAGGCCUUGGGCUGCCUAGUUUUCCCUGAUGGCUGGGGAGCGCCUGAAGUGAGGGCUCUGUGUGGUCCUCAAGCUAGGAGCUACGGCCUAGGCACCUGCACAAUUCACUGGGCCUUCACUCUGGCCCUGUUGGGCAUCGCGGACGCUCUGGUGCUGGCUACUCUCGCCUUCGUGCUGGGGAACCGGCAGGACGCUCUGCUGCCUGCAGGCUAUGCGCCACCCUCAGGGGGGAGAGGUGUCACCUCAGCCUUGACGCCGGACUGA